UGCUGCUGCAGCCUGCAGGUACUGGGAAUGUUUCUGUGAUAGAGGGCAUCAUGAAUUCUGAAGGAUAUCAACACAUUUUAACUGAUAAUGUUAAGUAAUUGGCAAGAAAACUGCAUCUUGGACAGGCAUUUGUGUCUUUCAACAGGAUAACAACCCUAAGCGCACAAGCAAAUCAAUACAGAAAUAUUUUGCUACCCAGAAAUUGAGAGUGGUGGAAAUGCCUCCCCAAAGCCCAGAUUUAAAUCCAAUUGAACAUUUAUAGAGGGAACUCAAGAGGCGUGUUCAUAAAAGAAGACCCAGCAACAUCAAAGAAUUGAAGACUUUUGCCAUGGAAGAGUGGCGCAAGAUUCCUACUAAAACAUGCCAACACUUCGUAGAAACAUACAAGAAGCGUCUGUCUGCUAUCAUUGCUGCCAAGGGAGGUCACACAAAUGAUCAUUGUGCCGAGCUAAACAAUGCUGUGCCCACAACACCCAUGCUGUUCAUGAAACCCUCCAGUGCUUACCUCACUGAAAGCUCUGGACCAAUUCUGAUACCAAGAGGCUGCACAGACUUGCAUCACGAGGUUGAACUUGGUGUUGUGAUUGCCUCGGAGUGCCGUGACGUGUCAGUGGACACAGCAAUGUCCCACGUGGGUGGUUAUGCACUCGCACUAGACAUGACUGCCAGGGACUUUCAGGAGAAGUGCAAAAGCAAAGGACAGCCCUGGGAAAUAGCAAAAGGUUUUGAUACUUCACUGCCAGUGUCACGGUUUAUAACUAAAGAAGAACUUCCUGAGCCUCAUAACGUUGUGCUCUGGUGUAAGGUCAAUGGUGAAGACAGGCAGAGAGGGAACACCCGCGAGAUGGUGUUCAACAUACCGACGCUGCUGUCGUACAUCUCUGGCAUCUUCACGUUGCAGCCUGGAGACCUUGUGCUCACCGGCACCCCAGCGGGCGUGGGACCUGUCAAGGCUGGAGACCUGAUCUCCUGUGGCAUUGCAGACUUGCUGCAGUGUCAGUUCGCCGUCGCCCAGCGAUGAUCCUGCUGCCUGUAGUAUGGUCGUCAGAGAGUUCAGCUCACAUCUUGAGAUGAAAAAUUCGGUCAUGGACUUGCUCAAUAUAACUACUACGGUAUACCUUAGGAUUUUCUGGAUACUGCUUCGGAGGUUCUAUCAUUCAUAGUCAUAGUAAUGACUUGGUUAUUCAUAUAUCAAAGAUCUCUCAAUACCUGUGAAAUUUCUGUGCUUGGUUGCGCUCCUGAUGAUGUGUAAAAAAAGAGCCCUAAUUCCCUGGAAACUUCACUAUAGUUAACACUUGAGUGAAGAUAAUUUCUGUAUAAGGAGUUGUUCUGUUUGUAUAGCUGUUACUAGAGAUUGUUCUUAAUUGCAUUGCUUUGGAUAGAUAAGGUGGAUAAAAUAUUAUUUAGAUACUAAAGCAAUCAAGUCUUCCAAUGAUUGUCACUAUGAAAUUUUAUGCAAUUAUUUUUGUAGCAGUCUAUUUUCUAAGCAUUUUACAUAUAUGUAUAGAUUUAUAAUGCGAUGAAAAUUUUAAGUGUAUAUUAUACGUAUAUACAUAUAGAUAGAUAUUGUUCAGUUUAUUCAAUAUUUAAAGACAACAACUAAACGGUAAAAUGAC